CGGUGGCGGAGACGGCGCGGGAGGCUGUGCUGCGGGGCCUGCGGGGCCUCCGUCUGGGUGCGGGAGGUGGGCGGAGUGGAAUACGACCGCCGUGGGGAUCCCACACGGGCGCGGAGCCGGCCAAGCGCCUCCGAGUCUCGGCUGUGUGCGCGCAGGGGCGGCCGAUGCCCCCAGCACUCCGCAUUCUGCUGCCGCAGCCGGGCCGCAUUUGGACGGGGCGCCGCGCCGCGGAGCCGAAGCCGGGUCAUGAUGCUGCUUGGUGCAUCUCUGGUGGGGGCGCUACUAUUCUCCAAGCUGGUGCUGAAACUGCCCUGGACCCAGGUGGGGUUCUCUCUGGUCCUUCUGUACUUGGGCUCUGGUGGCUGGCGCUUCGUCCGGAUCUUCUUUAAGACCAUCAGACGCGAUGUCUUUGGCGGCAUGGUGCUCUUGAAGGUGAAAGCCAAAGUCCGGAAGUACCUGCGGGAGCGAAGGACAGUGCCCAUGUUGUUUGCCUCAACGGUGCAGCGCCACCCCGACAAAACGGCCCUGAUUUUUGAGGGCACAGACACCCACUGGACCUUCCGCCAACUGGAUGACUAUUCAAGCAGUGUGGCCAAUUUCCUGCAGGCCCGGGGCCUGGCCUCAGGCAACGUGGUUGCCCUCUUCAUGGAAAACCGAAACGAGUUUGUGGGUCUGUGGCUGGGCAUGGCCAAGCUGGGUGUGGAAGCGGCCCUCAUCAACACCAACCUUAGACGCGAUGCCCUACGCCACUGUAUCGACACUUCAAAGGCACGAGUCCUCAUCUUUGGCAGUGAAAUGGCCCCAGCUGUCUGUGAAGUCCAUGCCAGCCUGGACCCCUUGCUCAGCCUCUUCUGCUCAGGCCCCUGGGAACCCAGUGCAGUACCCUCCAACACAGAGCACCUGGAUCCACUGCUGGAAGACGCUCCCAAGCACCUGCCCAGUCAGCCUGCCAAGGACUUCACAGAUAAGCUCUUCUACGUCUACACGUCUGGAACCACAGGGCUACCCAAAGCUGCCAUCGUGGUGCAUAGCAGGUAUUACCGCAUGGCUGCCCUGGUGUACUACGGAUUCCGCAUGCAGCCUGACGACAUUGUCUAUGACUGCCUCCCCCUCUACCACUCAGCAGGAAACAUCGUAGGGGUGGGCCAGUGCCUGAUCCAUGGCUUGACAGUGGUGAUCCGGAAGAAGUUCUCAGCCUCCCGAUUCUGGGAUGAUUGUAUCAAGUACAACUGCACUAUUGUGCAGUAUAUUGGUGAACUUUGCCGCUACCUCCUGAACCAGCCGCCCCGUGAGGCGGAGUCUCGGCACAAGGUGCGCAUGGCACUGGGCAAUGGCCUUCGGCAGUCCAUCUGGACCGACUUCUCCAACCGAUUCCACAUCCCCCAGGUGGCCGAGUUUUACGGGGCCACCGAGUGCAACUGUAGCCUGGGCAACUUUGACAGCCAGGUGGGAGCCUGCGGUUUCAACAGCCGCAUCCUGUCCUUUGUGUACCCCAUCCGGCUGGUACGGGUCAAUGAGGACACCAUGGAGCUGAUCCGGGGACCUGAUGGCGUCUGCAUUCCCUGUCAACCAGGCCAGCCAGGCCAGCUGGUGGGCCGCAUCAUCCAGCAAGACCCUCUGCGCCGCUUCGACGGGUACCUCAACCAGAGUGCCAACAAGAAGAUCGCUAAUGAUGUCUUCAGGAAGGGGGACCAAGCCUACCUCACUGGUGAUGUGCUGGUGAUGGAUGAACUGGGCUAUCUAUACUUCCGAGACCGUACUGGGGACACAUUCCGAUGGAAAGGGGAAAACGUGUCUACCACCGAAGUGGAGGGCACGCUCAGCCGACUGCUAGACAUGGCUGACGUGGCAGUAUAUGGUGUUGAAGUGCCAGGAACUGAAGGCCGGGCUGGAAUGGCUGCUGUGGCCAGCACCGCCAAGAGCUGUGACCUAGAGCGCUUUGCACAGGCCUUGGAGAAGGAGCUGCCCUUGUAUGCACGGCCCAUCUUCCUGCGCUUCCUGCCUGAGCUACACAAAACAGGGACCUACAAGUUCCAGAAGACAGAGCUGCGGAAAGAGGGUUUUGACCCAGCUGCUGUGAAAGAUCCACUCUUCUACCUGGACGCCCGGAAGGGCCACUACCUUCCGCUGGACCAAGAGGCCUAUACCCGCAUCCAGGCAGGAGAAGAGAAGCUGUGAUUACCCCUCAUGUCCCUCUGAGGGCCAGCGGAUGCUGGAUCCAGAGCCCCAGCUUCCACCCCAGAGGGGUCCUGGGCAAUGCCAGACCAAAGCAAACAGGACCCGCACCUCCAUCCCAAGGUGCUGAUCCCAUCCUUCUAAAACUGCCAAGUGACUCACUGCCACCUCUUCACCCUUGAGGAGGCUUUCUGUGAAAGCCUUGUGUCCAUGUUGUGUCUUUUGGGCCAGGUAGGGCCUCUAGGCCCCAGGCUGAGACUGACUGGCCCCUUCCGGAUGAUGUCUUCAGUCACACUGGGCAGGGAGAGGUAUAGAAGUCACCGAGCUCUCUCUGAAGGGCAGGGAGCUUGUAAACGGGAUCAAGGGAGAAGCUCCCAGACUCAGGAAGCCAAGUGGACAGGGACAGUAGUGGUCAUUAGUCAGGUGGCUGCAGCACAUCCUGGCCCCAGAGCUGCCCAAGUGUCAUUGAGCCCUAUCCACUCCUGGAGGAGCAGAGCAGGAGGACUCCUUGUGGCAUGCAUGCCCCCCCCCCCCCCCGCUUCAGGAAGUUGGGAGAGCAUCUUUCCAGGCCCCCUGCACCCUCAUCUCGGCAGUGGAUGCCUGGUCAUGGGUCUAUGUUUCCUCCACCUCAGUCUUGGCCUGAGAGGAGGAGGCAAGGGGAAAAGGCUCAGGGGUCAAUAAACUCUGCCUUGACUCCUCUUA